GAAGCAGCGCCCGUUGCCGCGGUAACGGCGAGGUUGCCGUAAAGCAGAACCGGCGCUGUUGGGACCGGAACGAGACAGAACCGGCACCGGUGGGACCGGAACGGGACGGAACCGACCCUGCUGGGAUCGGAACGGGAAGGAACCGACCCUGCUGGGACCGAACCGGCACCGGCGGGAUCGGACCGGGACGGAACCGGCCCUGCUGGGACCGAACCGGGACCGAACCGGGACCGAACCGGGACUGGUGGGACUGGACGAGGACAGAACCGGGACCGAAUCGUGACCGGAUCGGGACCGAGCCGGGACCGCUGGAACCCAACCGGGACCGAACCGGGACCGCUGGGACCAAACUGCGGCUGGUGAGACCGAACCGGGACCGAACGGUGCCCGGUGGGACAUAACCGGUACCGAACCGGCCCCGGCGGUACCGAACCGUGUCCGGUACCGUCGGGCCGCUCGGGUCCGCAUGGAGCCCGACGCGCUCGUGCAGUGCCCGUACGACCGGAGCCACCAGGUGCGCGUGUCCCGCCUGCCCUAUCACCUGGUGCGCUGCCAGCAGAACAACCCGCAGGUGUCGCGCACCUUGGCCACGUGUCCCUUCAACGCGCGCCACCGCGUCCCGCGCGCGCUCCUGCGCGGCCACGUCACCUCGUGCCCCGACAAACUGCCGCUCGAGCUGCCCCCAGACCCCGAGGACAAGGCCAGGACAGGCGGGGGACCCCCCCAGGCCUGGCAGCCCCCCCCGUGCCAGGAGGACUGGGACGCAGAGCUGAGCGAGCUGGAGCUGGAGGAGCCCCCCCCGUUCAUCCUCCACGUCACCAAGGGGGACCUGCCUGUCCCCUGCCUCAGGUAGGACCUGGGGACAGGGGUGGCACUCGGGGCUGUGGGAGUGUCCCCAGGUGUCACACUCGGGGGUGUGGGAGUGUCCCCAGGUGUCACAGCUGUGUCUGUGUGUCCCCAAGUGCCACACUCAAGGGUGGGAGUGUCCCUAGGUGCCACACUCGGGUGUGUGACUGUCCCCAGGUGCCACAUUUGGGUGUGUGACUGUCCCCAGGUGCCACACUCGGGUGUGUGACUGUCCCCAGGUGCCACACUCAGCUGUGUGAAUAUCCCCAGGUGCCACACUCACCUGUCCCCCCCCCCAGGACCCCUGA